AUGAACUGGCCCUUCCGCAAAAAGUUCAUCACCACCAUUUCUUAUGGUCUCACGACGUGCUGGAUCACUUUGGCCUUUGCCAUCUUCGCUGCCGCCAUUGAACCUGUUUCUGCCGAAUUCUCGUUCGGUACAGCUACAGCCAAAGACAUCCAAACAAUUCUCAUCACGCGUUUCUUCUCGGGCCUCUUCGGCAGCGCGCCUGUUACGAUUACCGGAGGUGUUAUGGCGGAUAUAUGGGCCCCUCACCAACUUGGUAGCGCGAUUGUCGCAUACGGGGUUACUAUAGUUGGAGGUCCGACAUUGGGUCCUAUAAUUGGCGGAGCGCUGUGCUCGAGUCGUCUAGGCUGGAGGCGGACCGAGUACCUCACUGGUAUUAUUAUGAUGGCCCACCUUGGGGUUGAUCUUUUGGUGAUUGAUGAGAGCUAUGCACCUAUUUUAUUGGCUAGGAAGGCCCAUAAGCUAAGGCUUCGAACGCAAGAUUGGGCGCUGCAUGCUAAGCAUGAGGAAUGGGACGUGUCAUUCAAAGAGCUAUACCAGAAGUACUUCAUCCGCCCUUUCCAAAUGAUGGCAACACCAAUCUGUUUUCUCAUGUCGCUCUACGCCUUAUUCGUCUAUGGAAUUCUCUAUGCGAACCUCGAAAGCUUUUCCAUCGAGUACCAGGAAGUGCGCCAAUGGGGACCCGUAGUUGGCACCUUGCCUUUCAUCGCUCUGUUGAUCGGCAUCCUUUGCGCAGCAGCGGUCAAUAUUUACAAUAACAAAUACUAUCGUAGGAGACUUAUGGAGAAUGGAUACAGAGCUGUUCCGGAAGCGAGAUUGCCUCCGAUGAUGCUCGGUGGUAUCGUCUUUACAGCCGGACAGUUCCUCUUUGCUUGGACCUCAUCUCCUAGCAUCAACCACUGGCCUUCCAUAAUCGGCAUCGCUUUGACAGGCCUUGGCUUCACAACUAUCUUCCAAGCUGCACUAGGUUAUCUCAUUGACACGUUCACUCGGUACAGCGCAAGUGCAGUUGCAGCCAAUACCUUUAUGCGAUCCAUGUUCUCAGGCGCAUUUCCUUUGUUCAUCAUCCCCAUGUAUCACAAACUGGGAGUAGACUGGGGAACAACCGUCUUUGGUUGUAUUGCUGCGGCGUUGAUACCUGUUCCGUUUCUGUUCUUUGUUUGGGGUAAAAAUAUCAGAGGUAGGGGAAAAUGGAGCAAGGACAGCGUUUAA